CUCGGCGGCUCAGGCGACCGGUGGUGCUGUCCGCGGCUCGGCGGUGCUGAAGGGCGGGCGCCCCGCGCGCCUCCCGCGGCGCCUGGGGCCGGCGGGUUUCUCCGCGCGUCGCUGCGCGGGUUGUUCGGUUUUGCGCUUGGUUUUGGGGAACGGAGAAGUAUCGCCCGGUGUUCGCGAUUUUUGUGCUCGAGGACCCGGCGUUUCGUUUUGGGUUUGGGUUUUUUUUUUUUGGUUUUUUUUUUUUUGGUUUUAUUUUUUUUUUUUUUUUCCUCGAGGACUUAAGUGACUCUUGGGUAAGGAACAGACCUGUAAAGAUGUUUAUGUGGUGGUCGGCUGUUUUACUUCUUGGAUGCAUUUUGCUGGGAGCAGAUGGAUGGCCAGCCAAGGAAGGAUAUGACUUCAGGCCCUAUCAGCCCCUCGUAAGGUUACGCCACAAGCAGGAAAAGAAUCAGGAGAGCUCAAGAAGUGAAGGAUACACGGGCCAAGAUGGACAUCUUAAGUCAUGUGAAAACAAGUACUGUGGCCUGGGUAGGCACUGUGUCGUGAAUGGGGAGAGCGGGCAGGCUGAGUGUGUCUGCAUGGAACACUGCAAGCCACACUACAAACCCGUGUGUGGCUCGGAUGGAGAGUUCUAUGAAAACCACUGUGAGGUACACAGGGCUGCCUGCCUGAAGAAGCAGAAGGUCACCAUUGUACACAAUGAAGAUUGCUUCUUCAAAGGAGAUAAAUGCAAACCUACUGAAUACAGCAAAGUGAAAAAUAUGUUAUUGGAUCUUCAAAAUCAGAGAUAUGCUGCUCAAUCAAAAGAUAGAAACGUUGGUGAGAAAAUGGCUUCAAGGAAACUGCUCGUAGAUCAGAUGUUUCAUUAUUUUGAUUCUGACAGCAAUGGACUUGUGGACACAAAUGAAUUGUCUCAGGUAAUAAAACGGGAUGAGCUUGGCAAGGAUCUGUCUGACUGCUCUCUGUUCGAUUUGCUGAAAUAUGAUGAUUAUAAUAGUGACAAGCACCUAGGUCUGGAAGAAUUCUAUAGAGCUUUUCAGGUAGUUCAGCUGAGUUUGCCAGAAGAUCAAAAAAUAAGCACUACUGCAGCAACAGUAGGACAAAGUGCUGUCUUAAGUUGUGCCAUCCAAGGCGUUCUGAGACCUCCCAUCAUCUGGAAGAGGAACAAUGUCAUUCUGAAUAACUUAGAUUUGGAAGAUAUCAGUGAUUUUGGAGAUGAUGGGUCCUUGUACAUUACUAAGGUUACUACAACUCAUAUGGGAAAUUACACCUGUUAUGCUGAUGGCUAUGAUAAACUCUAUCAAACUCAUAUUCUUCUAGUGAAUGUUCCACCAGUCAUCCGAGUGUACCCAGAGAGUCAGGCAAGGGAGCCAGGAGUGACAGCUAGCCUUCGGUGCCACGCUGAAGGUAUUCCUAACCCACAACUUGGCUGGCUGAAGAAUGGAAUUGAUAUCACUCCGAAGUUAUCUAAACAGCUAACUCUUCAAGCAAAUGGCAGUGAGGUACACAUUAGUAACGUGCGCUAUGAAGAUACAGGAGCAUAUACUUGCAUUGCAAAGAAUGAAGCAGGAGUGGAUGAAGACAUUUCUUCUCUUUUUGUAGAAGAUUCUGCUCGAAAGACCCUUGCAAAUAUAUUGUGGCGAGAGCAAGGUCUGGGAAUUGGGAACAUGUUUUAUGUUUUUUAUGAAGAUGGAAUCAAAGUCAUACAACCAGUGGAAUGUGAAUUUCAGAGACAUAUUAAGCCUAGUGAAAAACUCCUCGGUUUUCAGGAUGAAGUUUGUCCCAAAGCUGAUGGUGAUUCUGUUCAGCGGUGUGUUUGGGCAACUGCUGUAAAUGUAAAAGACAAGUUCAUUUAUGUGACUCAACCUACACUUGACAGAGUGCUUAUUGUUGAUGUACAGUCUCAGAAAGUUGUACAGGCAGUAAGUACGGAUCCUGUUCCAGUGAAACUACACUAUGAUAAGUCACAUGAUCAAGUCUGGGUGCAGAGCUGGGGAAACAUGGAGAAGAAUUCACCAACUUUGCAAGUGAUAACACAAGCCAGUGGGAGUGUUUCUCAUCACACAAUCCAUACUCAGCCAGUGGGAAAGCAGUUUGACAGAGUGGAUGACUUUUUCAUUCCUGCUACAACCCUCAUCAUUACUCAUAUAAGGUUUGGAUUUAUUCUUCAUAAAGAUGAGCCCAUGCUCCAGAAGAUUGAUCUUGAAACUAUGUCGUACAUCAAGACAAUUAGUUUAAAGGAUUAUAAUUGCAUUCCUCAGUCCCUGGCUUAUACACAUCUUGGAGGAUUAUUUUUUAUCUACUGUAAACCUGAUACCACUGGUGCUGUUCUGCCACAGCUUAUAGUGGAUAGUGUUACUGAUUCUGUGAUUGGAUACAAUGGUGAUGUAACAGGCAGACCGCACGUCUCUCCAGAUGGACACUACCUUGUCAGUAUUGAUGAUGCAAAGGGUCUCAUGAGGAUCCAGACCAUAACGUUGAGAGGAGAAAUUCAAGAUUCAUUUGACAUUCACACAAAUUUGCACAUAUCUGAUGUAGCUUUUCAGCCAUCAUUCACUGAAGCUCAUCAAUACAACAUCUACUGUAGUUCCAGUACACAAACUGACGUUCUCUUUGUGGAGCUCUCCUCUGGAAAGGUUAAGAUGGUGAAGAGUCUUAAGGAGCCUGUCAGGGCAGGCGAAUGGCCUUGGAACAGUAAGAACCGUCUUAUAAAAGACAGUGGCCUUUUUGGUCAGUAUCUCAUGACCCCUUCCAAGGAAUCUUUGUUCAUCCUGGAUGGACGCCUCAAUAAGUUAAAUUGUGAGAUCACUGAAGUUGAGAGAGGCAACACAGUAAUUUGGGUUGGGGAAGCAUAAGAAUCUAUGUUGAAUAUUUGCUGAAUUAAUAGUUUUACAGUACGUUGCACUUAAAUUAUAGCAUUCUUUAAAUCUACACCAAUUUCAUUUGAAAUUGUUCAACCCUUCUAUGCCUGUUAUUCCUUUGACUUGAAUGCAAUUUGAGUCAAUUUCCAUAUAAGUUACUAAAGCAACAGCUAUUUGCUAAUAUGGUAGCCUUAUUGAAUAUCAACCAAGAUUGUAUUGGUUGACUGGAAUUACUACAUAUUGAAAUUGAUGACAAAUACCAUGCAUUACUUUAAAGAAAAUAGGAAAAACCAUAAAGCUUCAGGGAAUUUAACAUGAUACUUUGCAUUUGUAAAUGGAAGAAUUGAAUAUGAUUCAAAUAUUGGUUUGCUUUGCUUCAGACACAAAAUGAGAGAUGUACAACUUUUUGUUCCUUAAACUGAAAUAGGAUGUCCUGUUUUGUCAGUUCACAGUUUAAUAUUUUUGUGCCUUGAAGUGAAAGUGUCACAAGAAAGGUAAAGCAUAGAAAUUGUAUAACUUAUUCCCAUUGUGACUACAGGAUUGCCUGUCAUUGGAGAGAAACAUUUACUAUCAAAUUUUUGUCUCAAGCUUUGGGACAUAGAAAGAGAAAAAAGAGAAAUUAUAUUUGCAGUGCACAGUUUUCUGAUCAGUGAAAUUCAAGAAGCUUAUUUUUAUGACGAGUCUUAAUUGAGAAAGCUGUUUUGCUGGUUGUUUGGUGUUUUUUUUUUUUCUUUUUUAAGAAAAAGAAUAGAUGUUAGGUUUUUCAGCUGUCACAGAGUUCCAUCAGUAAGGAGUCUGAGUUCUACUACAGAGAACCGCUGCAUUUACUUAUUCAGAGUAACCAAAUUCUGAGAUCUGACUACACAAAGCUUUACUUUUACUGACAAGAAAACUGGUAUUUUUUAAAAAAUGUGUACGUUUUAGGAAGCUGGAAACUCAGAGAAUUGAAGUUAACAAGUAGAUAAUAUUUUUUUUGUUAUUCAUUAUACCAUUGAUGCAUAUUUAUUAAACCAUUUGGGUAACUCAGCAAAUUUUCUAUUUCAUACAUCCAAUUGGACUAGUGAAAAAAAAUGCAAAAAACCCACUUCCACCAUCAAAAUCUUUUUUUUUUUUUUAAGUUUAUUAACCUAAAAUUCUAAUUGUAAUGAUGAGGAAACAUUUAAAUGGGAAAAAUGAGAUUCUCAGAAAUAAAAUAACAAUAGUCAGCAGGAUAAGAAAGCCAGCAGUAAACAACUAUCCAGACUUAGAGCAAUGACUUAAAAGUUUGGGAGUGUUUUUAUUUUUAUUAUGUUUUUGCUAAGGAAUGCUUAUAAGCUCUUAAACUGACCUCCUUUUUCAGAAGGAAAUUAAAAAAAAAAAUACUUUUUUUAAACAAAAUUGUACCCUGAUUUAGAUUGUGUAAAUUUAGAAAUCUGGAAUUUUCUAGCAUUGUAAUCUUGUGUACAUUUAGCAUCCUGCCCUUUGUGAUACAGUAAAUCUCUCUUUAGCUUGAGCAAAUCUCCUGGUAGGUACAUUUAACUGAAUUAAGAGUCUGCUUACAUUUCUAUUUACUGAAUCUGUUUUCCUUUUCAACAACCUUUCUCCAUUGUGAACAAACAAGAGUCGUGUGAACUGUCCUUUAUUCACUUAUUUGCAGUAAUCUGUCUCAUGCAUUUUUCUUCUGUACCUUACACCACGUGAAUGUUCUGUAUGUAGAAAAUGCUUGAUAAAAGAAGAAUAAACCCCAUAAAUUUUAAA